AUGAUAAAAGUAUACUUUGCAAUACUGUUUGCAAGUUUUGUCAAAUUAAGUCUAGCUCAUAAUAUUUAUUGUUAUUAUGACAGCACCGCUGCAACACUUAGUAGCCCGCUAGUUCCAGACGCGCUUGUUGCUGCCAAUUGUACUCAUUAUACUUACAUUGGUCUUGGCUUAACUUCAAAGGGAGAGUUAAGAUUGUUGCGUAAUUUUGAUCAAACCACCGGCUUCUAUGAAUUCCAGAAUCUACGAUCAACUAACACAAAACUUAUGGUCUUGCUCGGGGGUGUUUACGAAAGUAGCGCAACUUUUUCAGCAGCUAUCGGUUCUUACUCGGAUACUGUCAUCAAUAAUAUCGCUUUGUUUCUAAAUCGUUACAACUUCGAUGGCAUCGACAUCGACUGGCGCUACCCGGCUAGCCGAGGAGGUAAAGCAGCGGACAAGGCCAAUUUUCAAAAAUUUAUUAUACGACUACGAGCCAGGCUAAACAUGAUCAAUAAACUGUUGGCUAUUUCUGUCUCACCGAAUAAAAGCGUAUUCACAGCAGCAUAUGACAGCACGACUUUGAGCUUAUAUGCUGAUAUGAUAAAUAUAUUUGCAUUCAAUUUCACUGAAGUGGUUGAAACCAAAACAUCAAAUUUGGCUCCAUUGUUUUCUAAUACGGCAAAUCCCGUCAGUGUGAACUCAUCCAUCUCCGACUGGCUGUCGACCAAAGUGAGAAAAAAUAAAAUCAACCUGGUCGUCGCGUCGUACGCCCGAACUUACACGCUAACCAGCGCCAGCGGAAACACGCUGGGUUCGCCGAUCCGUGGCCCUGGAGUGUCCGGCGGAAACACUAAACAAAUCGGUUAUUUGGCCCAGUAUGAGUUUUGCUCGUUGAACAGCGGAUACUCGAAUACAACGGACGAUGCAACGCAUUCCAUCUUCUACACCGAAGGCACUAAUUGGAUUAGUACCGAAACGGCUGAUACACUCAUUCAAAAGUACACCUAUGUGCUGGACAAUUCCCUCGGGGGAGUGGCAAUCUAUACGCUGGAUUGGGAUGACUGGAGUAAUCAAUGCGGCGGAGGAGCAUUUCCGGCGGCGGCAUUAGCUCAGCAAUAUUUGUACUGGGGAAGCAGUGAUCCAUAA